CUCUUGGGUUUCUCUGAUGCCCCAGCGCUACAAACCACCAUCUUCACAGUCUUCUUAUCCCUCUAUGUUUUCAUGGUGCUGGGGAACGUGACGAUGAUCCUGCUGAUCAACACUGACCCCCACCUCAACAUCCCCAUGUACUUCUUCCUGAGCCACUUAUCUUGCAUGGAUGUUUGCCUUUCCUCUGCUAUCAUCCCAAAAGCUCUGGAGACCUUCCUGCUGGGGAGAAGCCACAUCUCCUUUUGGGGUUGCUUUGCCCAGAUGUAUAUUUUCCUGGCUCUGGGUAUCUGUGAGUGCUUCCUCUAUGGGGUAAUGGCUUAUGACCGAUACACAGCUGUGUGCAAGCCCCUGCUCUACACCAUUGCCAUGACCAGGCUGGUGCACAUCACGCUGGCAGGGAGGUUGUCCUUCUGUCAGGCCAGGAGCAUCAACCACUUCUUCUGUGAGCUGCCCACCCUCCUGCAGAUCUCUUGCUCAGACACCCACAGAAACAAGUUUGUGUUGGUGUCCAGUGUUACGUUUAAUGCUGUGGUCUCUCUCCUGAUGAUCCUGGUGUCCUACACCUACAUCCUCCACACUGUCCUGCAGAUCCCUUUGGCCACGAGGAGGCUGAAGGUCUUCUCUACCUGUGCCUCCCACUUGGCUGCCAUCACCAUCUUCUACACACCCGGGAUCCUCACCUAUGUCCAGCCUCAUGAGGCAUCUUCAUGGGAUCAGGCAAAGCUGGUGUCGCUGUGUUACUCCAUCCUCACCCCAACCCUCAACCCCCUCAUCUACAGCCUGAGGAACAAGGAGGUGAAGGGGGCUCUGAGG